AUGUCGACCCAAAAGCCAGCCAAGACUAAGAAAUCUCACAAGAGUGCAAACGCGUCUCAAUCUUCGUCUGUCGCCGAGGCUUCGUCCAGCAAGAAGCAGCAAGUGUACGACACGGUCAAUAUCGGGCUCGAUGUAGUGGCGAAUGUAGCUGAAGGGUCGGAUAUUCUUGCUCCUCUCAAGGCAGCUUGUAAAACUACAAAGUCUAUCCUAGAUGUCAUGCAGGCACGUUGGCGAAUUGUGGCCAUAGAUAGCAACCAAGAGGAUUGGAAGGAUCUAACGCAACGUCUGGGAGAGUAUAAGACUGCACUCGAGGAACAAAUCGCCUUGAUCGGCAAAUACCCCACAGCGGACAAGGACAUCCACGAGGCGCUCAACCAGCCGGUUGCCCGAUAUAUAGAGAAACGCAAGCAAAGCAAACUUGGCUUGCUCAAAGCGUUUAGCAAAGUGAAGAUUGAUGCGGGAGAGAUUCGUAGAUUCAAUCGGGAUAUUGAGGACCGGCAUAGGCAGUUGAUGAGUGCAUUGACUCUGUUUAUCGCUCUACGCGUUCAAGCUAUGGAAGAGCAAUCCAAAGCCAACGCCGACUCCACUGCAAUACUUCAGCUCCCAACUGUAGACUUCGCUGCGUCGACUGUUCAUAGGACUUGCUUGGAAGGAACCCGCAAAGCUGUCCUUCAGAUGAUCUGGGACUGGGCCAAUCACGAUGCGUCGGACAAGCCAAUAUUCUGGCUCUGUGAUAUCGCUGGCUCCGGAAAGUCCACAGUUGCAAUGUCGGCAUUGGAGACAUGGCAGAGGGAGGGAACGCUAGGUGGCCGAUUCUUCUUCUCCAUAGCAAGUAACGAGGCAUCCACGACCGACAAAUUCUGUUCCACUAUUGCAAGAAAUCUCGCCCACUACAUCCCCCAACUCGCGCCCCACAUUGCUGAGUCCAUCAAACGCAAUCCCUCUUUCAUGCAAAGCUCUCUUGGAGAGCAGUUUCAAACCCUCAUCACUACUCCUAUUCUUCGUCGGCAACAGCGUGUCAUCCUCGUCAUCGACGCUGCCGACGAAUGCAAAUCUGGAACACAGCGUAAACAGCUGCUCGACGCCCUUUGUGUGGCUGUUCAAGAGUGCAAGAACCUCAGGGUAUUCAUGACAAGUAGACCAGAUCCUGUCAUCCAGUCGACCUUGGGGGCCAUCUCGAUCAAGGCCAAAGUGGAGAACCGCCUCCACGAUGUCAAUCACACAGAUAACGUUGAUGACAUCGCUGCCUAUAUACAUCAAUCGCUAGAUGAGAUUCUAUCUCCUGACAAGAGGCAGCGACUGGUCGAAAAGGCCCAAGGACUGUUCAUCUGGGCGAGUACUGCUUGCCGGAUGCUGAACAGCGAAGCCACAUGGGACACGCCAGAGAACGUGUAUGAUCGACUGAUUUCAGUGGACAAGGCAGGAGACAUAGACGACGUUUAUGGUCUCAUCUUCGAGCGGAUAGACCCAAAGGCUCAAGAGUCGAUGUGUAAAAUGCUGGCCCUACUGCUGGCAGCGUUCGAGCCGCUGACGGUGGACGAGGUACAGGACAUCCUGACGCAUGUCAAAGUACGCGGGAGUGUCAAAAUUUUGGCGAAGAAUCUAGGAAGCGUACUGAGCGUGGAUGAAAGGACACAGCUAAUCCAAUUUCGCCACCCAACGCUUGUUGAGUACCUCCGACGGUGCUCCAUGACUCCAGCUACCAGCAAAUUCUCCAUUAAACUCGCAGAGGCUCAUGGACAAGCUGCGUCGUGGUGUCUCAACCGCCUCACAUCACGGACCGAUGGGCUCAAGUUCAACAUAUGUCAAAUCGAGUCAUCUUUCUUCCUCAAUAAACAGAUUCCGAAUCUUGCCGACAGAAUAUCCAAGUUUAUCCCACGGCAGCUUCAGUACGCAAGCUCCCAUUGGUGUUUCCACAUGGCGGAAAGUGAGAGCAGCUGGCGAUGCAUACUCAAGAAGGAACUCGAAAAAGUGACGGAAACGUCCUACGCGCUAUACUGGAUGGAGGUGCUGAGUUUUACGAGGGGACUACCACGAGCAAUAAACGGCCUUGGAGCAAUUGCACGUCACACAGAACUCGAAGAGGAGACAAGAAAUAGGAUGACGGAGAUCCGGCGAUUUAUGAUGGCAUCUUUUGUGCCGAUUCAAGAGAGUGCUCCACACAUCUACAUUUCUGGGCUUCCGUUCAGUCCGAAAGAGUCCAAACUGCACACCGACGGCCUGAUAAAGUAUAGGAGGACGUUUAAAGUGACUGAGGGACUUGAGGCAAUGUAUUCCAGACUUCCGAGAGCUCUUCGGGGACAUAAAGGGGGGGUGAUGGCCGUUGGAUUCUCUCCAGAUGGCUCACGAAUCGUCUCUGGCUCGGAAGACGGGACAAUUCGACUGUGGGAGGCAGACACUGGCCAGCCAUUGGGAGAGCCACUCCGAGGUCAUGAGGACUACGUGAGGGCCGUCGGAUUCUCGCCAGACGGCUCACGAGUCGUCUCUGGCUCGGACGACGGGACUAUUCGACUGUGGGAGGCAGACACUGGCCAGCCAUUGGGAGAGCCACUCCGAGGUCAUGAGGGAAUUAUCUGGGCCGUCGGAUUCUCGCCAGACGGCUCACGAAUCGUCUCUGGCUCUUCGGACGGGACUAUUCGACUGUGGGAGGCAGACACUGGCCAGCCAUUGGGAGAGCCACUCCGAGGUCAUGAAGGAAUUAUCUGGGCCGUCGGAUUCUCGCCAGACGGCUCACGAAUCGUCUCUGGCUCUUCCGACGGGACUAUUCGACUGUGGGAGGCAGACACUGGCCAGCCAUUGGGAGAGCCACUCCGAGGUCAUGAGAAUUGGGUGAGGGCCGUCGCAUUCUCGCCAGACGGCUCACGAAUCGUCUCUGGCUCUUCCGACGGGACUAUUCGACUGUGGGAGGCAGACACUGGCCAGCCAUUGGGAGAGCCACUCCGAGGUCAUGAAGGAAUUAUCUGGGCCGUCGGAUUCUCGCCAGACGGCUCACGAAUCGUCUCUGGCUCGGACGACGGGACUAUUCGACUGUGGGAGGCAGACACUGGCCAGCCAUUGGGAGAGCCACUCCGAGGUCAUGAGGGGGUGAGGGCCGUCGGAUUCUCGCCAGACGGCUCACGAAUCGUCUCUGGCUCUUCCGACAGGACUAUUCGACUGUGGGAGGCAGACACUGGCCAGCCAUUGGGAGAGCCACUCCGAGGUCAUGAAGGAAUUAUCUGGGCCGUCGGAUUCUCGCCAGACGGCUCACGAAUCGUCUCUGGCUCGGACGACGGGACUAUUCGACUGUGGGAGGCAGACACUGGCCAGCCAUUGGGAGAGCCACUCCGAGGUCAUGAGGGGGGAGCCGUCGGAUUCUCGCCAGACGGCUCACGAAUCGUCUCUGGCUCGGACGACGGGACUAUUCGACUGUGGGAGGCAGACACUGGCCAGCCAUUGGGAGAGCCACUCCGAGGUCAUGAGAGUGGUGAGGCCGUCGGAUUCUCGCCAGACGGCUCACGAAUCGUCUCUGGCUCGGACGACGGGACUAUUCGACUGUGGGAGGCAGACACUGGCCAGCCAUUGGGAGAGCCACUCCGAGGUCAUGAGGGAGCGAUCAAUGCCGUCGGAUUCUCGCCAGACAGCUCACGAAUCGUCUCUGGCUCGGACGACGGGACUAUUCGACUGUGGGAGGCAGACACUGGCCAGCCAUUGGGAGAGCCACUCCGAGGUCAUGAAGGAAUUAUCUGGGCCGUCGGAUUCUCGCCAGACGGCUCACGAAUCGUCUCUGGCUCGGACGACGGGACUAUUCGACUGUGGGAGGCAGACACUGGCCAGCCAUUGGGAGAGCCACUCCGAGGUCAUGAGGGAGGGAUCAAUGCCGUCGGAUUCUCGCCAGACGGCUCACGAAUCGUCUCUGGCUCGGACGACGGGACUAUUCGACUGUGGGAGGCAGACACUGGCCAGCCAUUGGGAGAGCCACUCCGAGGUCAUGAGGGAGCGAUCAAUGCCGUCGGAUUCUCGCCAGACAGCUUACAAAUCGUCUCUGGCUCACGAGAUGGGACAGUUCGAUUAUGGAAUGCAGAUACCGCCGUCAGCGCCCACGUUUAUGGCUCCAGAGACGUACGCUCCAGUCUCGCAGACGAGGAACUGGGUACUCCUCUGAGAAUCGUCGUCCCUGGAUUCAAUCGAUGCUCAAUGAUGCAGGAUGGCUGGGUGAAAUCUGCCGGUCGAUUUCUCUUCUGGGUGCCACCAGACAACCGGAAUGGACUAUUAUAUCCUCAUAUUAUGACGAUGCCAACGACGAGUCGAUACCGCCCGACCAGAAUUGACUUUACCCACUUUCAAUGUGGAUCCUCUUGGACCAACGUUCGAGCAGGGACCAACGAAUGA